ACUGCACGUGUUCCCCUUGUCAAGUGAGAACAGCCUAAGAUGCAGGCGGCGGGUGUGGCAGCGUCGCUGUUAGCACUGCUUGCAGCAAACGGCACCUCGCUGCUGGACUGCGUCUGCGACUACAUCUUCCACGUCACCGGGCCGCCAGGGAGCAACUACGGCGAAAAGAAGUUGUGGUGGACCUACUGUCAGUAUCCCCGAAGCUAUGACGUGUACGUGACGUGCGACGCCCUGGCGCCGCCGUCUGGUGCGGUGUCGGCGGUGGCGCGCCUGAUACCGGCCAGCAGCAGCACCAGCCGCUGGCCCCCCGCAUGGGGAGUGGCUUGCGGGGGCGCUGUGGAGGCGGUCCGCGACCUCGCCAGAGGCACGCCAGACGAGCUGCACUCCUGGGACCUGUGCUCCCUCAUCGCUAAGGACUGCAUCCACUCCUCCUGUGUCCGGGGCUGGACUAACAAAGAAUGGGACGCGGAAAUUCUGGCAAUGGAUCGUCUGAGGCAUUCCAUCCUUGCCCAGUUACUGAAAGCUGCUCGGCGCAUCACAAGAGCCAUAACCGCCAGAUUUCAGUGCGCCUUGCGAAAUACAUUAUCUUUCAUUCAGUCAUCGGGGUUGAACGGAACUGAACUCCAGGCCAAGGUGGCGCUCUACCUGGAACACCUCUCCAGCUACUGGCGAGACUCGGCGCAGCUGCUCUCUCUCAGUGUGGACGACGUCUCACAGCUGUUGGUGCCCCUCGCCUUCGAACACGUGGGUAACCACUCGAAUGGAGAGCGGCUCCAUGUAUGGAUUAAGGACAUGGAACGUGUGAGAGAUAUGCUGCACACAAAGCUAAAGGGUUGGGUGCGCGAUGUGAGGUCGCUCAGCGAGCAGAUACCGUACUACAAGGUGGAAGAAGACAAGAAGAAGCCUGGGAAGUAUAUACUCAGGCGCCCUGUAUUGAAUGAAGACCUUCUCUCCUUCCACCAGGAGCACCCGUCAUUUCGUGGCAGCUUCGGUGCGCUAUGCGAGGAGCGACACCCAGGGGCAUCACAAAUGUUCACUCUUGCCGACGCACUGCACUCCCUCUACCAUUACAACCUCUUCUACGAGAUACAUCCCGUAGGUGUGGAUCGCUUUAUAGCUUGGCGUAACUGCUUCUCUCAGGCAAAUAUUGGGCUCAAUUAAGGACGACAGCAUGUCGAAAUACACUGCAGCCAUUCUCACAAAAUUUUAAACUGUAGUGGAUCCUCCAGCCUCAAAUCCUUCACCAAUAAGGAAUAACAGUCUUUUUUCCUUGUCCCUUCUUUGAAACCAUGACCGAACCCAGAAGCUUCUAUUUUUGCAGCAUCGUUCUUCCUAUAUUUUUCUUUAUGAUGAAAGCCGCAUCUAUGAUAAUAAGACCAAGAUGAUGUCUUCUUCCAUCCUUAUGAGCCUUGUCUUCUGAAAAUAUUUAAACGGCUUUUAUAAUGAGGGUGUUUACACAUGUGAGGGACUUAAAGUUUCAUAUAAAGUGUGUGAAAACAAUUAAAUGUAUCAUCAUAGUGACCGUCUAAAGUUCCAACAAAAGUAGUGCCCUUGUAAAAUGACAUAAAAUACCCAAAAGUCUCGAAAGUGAACUAGGGCCAUCGAUUCACAUGGUGGAAGUUGUCAACAAACAUUUAAAGCAGAUGAUGUGACAGGCAUGUGCCGUAUAAACGAUUUUUUGUGGUUGGACGUUCUACCUCAUGGAGUGCUGCAGUAGACAACGACUUUCUUGUGAGAUUCGCACAUCUAGUGUGAAACGGGCUUUACAAAAGAGUGCCUCACUGCAAGCAUUUUUGCGCCCACCGCUUUCUCCACUGCCAGCUGAGUGGCCAGCUGCCACUCACACUAAGCCUCCAACCACGACACGCUGUAUUUGUUUGCAUCAGCCAGCAGUUUCGGGGGGGGGGGGGGGGGGGGGGCAACUGCGCAGCUGGGGGUACUGAAAGGCAUAUAUGUAGGCCAGCAACUGGCAGAUCACUGUGCCCUCCACAUCAGGUAUUGUGACCUCACUGCUGCUGGUUGGUUGGGUUGUUUUUGGGGAAGGAGACCAGACAGCGAGGUCAUCGGUCUCAUCGGAUUAGAGAAGGAAGAGGAAGGAAGUCGACUGUGCCCUUUGGCAUAUGCCUGGAGCGAUUUAGGGAAAUCACAGAAAACCUAAAUCAGGAUGGCCGGACGCUGGAUUGAACCGUCGUCCUCCCGAAUGGGAGUCCAGUGUGCUAGCCAAUGCGCCACCUUGCUCGUUAGUCACUGCUGCUGGCCUCCAGCGUAUCGUGGUGGAACAUGGCGGCGAACAUGGGCCUCCUGUCUGUCAGAACGACCCUGUGCGCUGCCAGCCGUGUGUCGCCUGCCACCAACGUCACCACAGUGCCGUCCCCAGCGUUUUGGUGGGCGCCCACAUCCAAAGUCGCAGUCUCCGUCACAUCCUUAGCAGCUACCACUGUGAAUGAUUCUGAAAUAUGCUGUCCCUGAACGUCCCUUUGCCUUUGAGCAGCACCAUCAGUACUUUUUAAUGAAUUUCGUCCUUGACAAAUCAAUUACAACACUGUGGAGCCCUUGCUGUGUCCAAUUGAUCUUACAGGUGAAUAGUUAUAGAUCUUCAGCAACACUGUAUCAUUCACCCUUAUUUCGUCCAAUAUGUCCACAGAAAAGGUUGAGACAUUUUAACAAUUUCUUGAUACAAUGCAGUGUCACACUAUCCUGAAGUCUUUCAAACGGAGAUCUAAUGCCAUACAGACAAGGCCAGAAGGAACUAUAGUGGUGCUUCGCUGAAUGACUUAUCCUUUUAAUCUCUCGAAGUAUUUGGAAAAACGACGUUUUACAACUGAAAUAUAAAUCACACUUCAGUAGCAAUGCUAUGGUGACUCAAUCCUGGAGUUCCACUUUCCGCCACCAGGUGGCAUCAGUGUCAUGGUGCUGCAGUCACGCAGUGUGAAAAAUUACAAAAAAAGUGGUGGAUGGCGGGAUAUCCAAGAAAAUUGUGCCCAGAAUUCUGAAUAGGCCAACUGUCCUGCAUUUCAAAUGAUUGGAAAUUAAAAAUAUUUGUGAGUAAUUUAAUAAUCAAUGAUGGAGGUUGGUGAGAAAUUUAAAAAAAGAUGGGAACUUCAAGACAAUCAAAGAUGGCGUAAGUGGGAAAUUUAAAAGUUGGUGGGAAAUUUUAAAAAAAGGAACUAGCACAAUUGUGCUUUAUGCCGUAAACCAUGACCUCCUCGUUGUAACUAAUCAGGGUGAAAUAUUAAAAGGAGGGACUUGAUAUGAAUAAAAUAUAUUUUAAAACAUAUAACUAUCUCCAUCAUACUAUCCCUCCCCCCUUACUCUUCCCUCCCUCCCAGUGUCUCCAGUCAAUCAUAGUACAGUUUCAAAUUCAAUGUAGCAAAAAUAGUCAAAUUGUGUUAGUGGAAAAUUAAAAACCCUGUCUUCCUCACUCUGUUUCCAACAAAUAUCGUGGAGUGUUCCUUAUCUGCAACCCAUCAUCAUGCAGUAUUAGAAAUGAAAAAAAUUCCGGGAUGUUGGAAAUAGUCCAAUUGUAUUAAUGGGUGUUCCGGCAUAAAGUCACGCCCCGUCAUGACUGUUGCGAACAUUAGAGUAGAGAGAGCUGUGAAGAAGACGUCAGCCAAUAGCACAAUGACCGACCCUUUUCUAGGAUGAGAAAUCAACAGCAGCGGCCUCUAGAUGAAGAGAACACAGCACCGCUCCUGACUGGCCGCGGCUAGUUCUACACAAGCGUCAAGACCGGUGACUGGAUAGAAGCAUCCACUGUAUUAUUUCAAUUGUACUGAAAACGUUAUACUUAAAGACAUUGAUUAUAUUGCAUGUCGCCCUUUGCUUGCGACACAUCUAUGUAUUUCUCAAGUUAAGUAUUGUCAAUGAUGCAUUCACAAUAAAACUGUUUAAUACGAUUUGCUUGAAUUGCUGUCUAGUGAUCCGAGAAGCAGGUUUCCUAGACAUGCCUUGUUUUACAACUAGGCACGAUGCAACAAUGGGAACUUAAAAACCAAAUCCUACUCCCUCUAUCACGAACCAAGUACACUGCAAUACUCCUUAUCUCAAGCCAGUCGUAGUGCAGUAGCAAAAAGUCAGGGUCCAAUGAAAAAUCCAAGACAUGGGAAACAUCCCAACUGUUUUAAUGGAAAAUUUAAAACUGUCUCCCCCUCCCAUUCCCUCCAUCCUAUCAAUACCCAAUAACUGUGCAGUAUCAAAAAUCCAAGAUGCUGGAAUUAGUCCAACUAUGUACCUUAUAGCCCCUCUCCCUCCUCUUUUGAGUCAACCAGAGUAUAGUAUUUAAAUUGUCCAUAAAAAUUGUGCUGGUUAUGUAAUAAAAUUACAUAGCCCCCACUUUAAAGACAACGAAAUUCAUUUUUCCAGCACAAAUAUUGUGCCAGGUUAUGUAAUUUUUUGAACAGACCAAAGUGUGCUUUAUAUUCCCCCUCUCUCCUCUUUCCUACCAAUGAUAGUGUAAUAUAAAAAUUAUGCUUAAAAAUGACAACAAAUCCAUGAUAUGUACAUAAAAUUGUGGAAAGACACACUGUAUAAUUUACUCCCUCCCUCCCUUCUCCUCCAGUCACAGCCGAAUAUUAAAAUUAAGGAGCUGAUUACAGUGCAGUACCAUCUGGUCUGUGCUCAAAUAUAUCUAAAUGACCUGAAAUAUUAGUCAAGAAAAAGUAUGUCACACACUUCUCGCAUUUGUUCCUCAAUGACAAACUGGUAUUACAAUUACAAUGUAGUCUAGUACGAGCUAUGCUCGAAAGCAUCCAAAAUAUUUGUAAAGAUAAAAAUACAUCUAAGUAUAUUAAUUCUGUAAAAAAUGACAAACUGCAUUUUUGUUGGUGAAUCCAAAAAUCGUUUAUGGACUGGCUCAUCAGUCACAUCAGAAAAUUUCAUUCAAAGUUGUGUAUAAUUUGCUAUGAAUAUUAGAAUGAAUAUAUAACACACUCUCCUUAAAUAAUUAAAAACCAGCAAUUGUGUGUAAAAUAUAACUAAUAAAUUAGUUAUACAUCGUUGUCAAACAUUAAUUAUAUUGUAUAAACUAUGCUACAAACGCCUGAAAAAUGCUAAAUAAAAUCAACUGCUGUUUUAUAUACCACCUUUUCACCAUCACCAAACAGAUCACUGCCUCUCUUAAAAACGUCAAAUGUUCGUUCUUUGUAACAUGAGUUAUUUGUUAUUACCAAUAGAUGUAUACAGAAGCAGGUAACGUUAAAGGUUCGAUCAUAGUACAACACUUGGCUCAAGGCACAAUGUAUUCUUAAAUUAAUUGUUAGUUUGUGAUGCUUACCAAAUGUCAAAAAAUUUUUAAAUGCCUGUAAAAUACAUUGGCAAUGCAGAAAAGUACGUUUUUAUAUCAGGUUUUUACCACACAUAUGCAUCUAUAAAACAUGAUUGUGAACUGUGAAACGUGUUUGAGGAAGGAAAGACUGAAAAUACAGUAACACCAGAUAAGUAUGAUCGAUAAGAGUCUCUGCAAAUAACUGGGAAUUAGUUGAUUUCAAGCACAAGGCCCUGUAUGGCUCAAAUUAAUUUUUGUACACCACCUAUGGUGCUUGUCAAACGCCACAAUAUUCUAAAAUAAGUGAGACAGAAAAAAAAAAAAAUUGCUAUGUUUACAUCAGUACAACGAACUUUAGGAAAGGAAGGAGGGAAGGUGGUGUCCAAUUUUAGGAAGGAAUAAGGUGUUUUAUGACGACACUUCACAUAAACAGCAAAACAACAUGCAUUUUUAUACAAACUCAUGAGGUGACCUAAGAGGGUAGUAACAAGGACAGUAAUGACAUCUCCAAAUUGGAUACCAGUUUCGAUACCUCGAGAGCAGGACCGAAAACAACAUUGCAUUCUUUUCUUUUAAAACUAAAAUAUUUAUAGUAAUAGUUACUGUAGGUUCACUUGAAAAACGUCAGUUGAUAACAAUACCUCUGUCAGUAAUAUGGGAACGAAAAGACAUUUUACUAAUUUAGUGACAAUUUUUUCACAAUUAAUUAGUGUGAAAACAUCAUUUUGAUAUCUUAAACUGUU